CCUAGCCUCGCUCUGCCGAAAACCAACCGAAAACCCUCGGAUUAUCGUAAGAAAACUCACAGAAAAAUGGCGAAAUCACUGAGGUCGAAGAGAGAGAAAAGGCUGAGAGCAAUCCGAAGAGAGAUUGUUGAACCCUUUUACGAGAACAAAGAUGCAGCCAAGCUUGCCGCACAACAAGCCGCCCUCUCCGCCCCUAAACUCGCCGUCCGCAACACAAAUAACACCUCCAUGGAUGUCACCUCGUCCCUCCCACCAUCUACCUCCAAUCUUACGUCCAAUCUUAGCAUGGAUAUUGAUAUGACUAGCCAAGGAGCGGCGCACCUAAAGCCUAUGGGUAAGAAGAUGAAAAAGAAAUUGAAGAUUGGUAAAGGCAAGAAGCGUGGCAACGGCAAGGGCAAAAUCAGAAAGACUCACAUUUGAGAAGUAUGUGUCAGUCAACUUCAAUGGAUUAAGUUUGCACUCAAAACCUACACCACUCACUGACCCUUGUUCAAAUUACAGUACUCUUGCCAGAAACUAAGCCUUCUUUUUAAUUUAUUUAUAGCUAGUUUCAUCAUUUCCAGUCUUAGUAAUCUCUUAUAUGUUAAAGUCUUGAGAACAAUUAGGCAUCACUAUUAGGAAUUGUUAUAGCAAGGAAACGAGUUUGAUGCAAUGUGUUAACUUUCUAUUGUAAAAAGUGGUUUUGUGAUUGAAAAUUUUGAGGCCUUGAAAGUUCUACUCA